CCAGGCCUUCCCCGGCGGUCUGUAGUAUAUAGGGGAGACCGAAUGCGGCGCUCGCGCCUGGCCGGGAGUUGAGGCUCCGCUGCCGUUGGUCUUGGUAACCUGAAAAAGGAUUGUGUUUGUCACACCUGAUAUUUACAGUUUCUCCUGGUGAACCACACAUUGCAAAAUGGCUGCCUAACCCCCGGAAAGGGAGUCUGAAGCCUAGGAGGUAGUUUUAUGCAUAAAAACAUAUCCUCCCCCCACUGAUGUUCAGGAAAGCUGCUACUUAAUAAACAUGACCUACUAUAAUAUUUUAGUUAAUGGUUAUAUAAGAUGGGGAUUUCCCUGUCCAAAGCCUCAUAUUAAAUGCAGUAAUCCAAUAAUACUAAAACAGCCUGGUUAAAAUUGUGCUAAGUAAGACUUAACUGGCAGUAUACAGACUCAUGAAAGGCUAUUUAGAGCUUGCUGAUACCCAGAGCAAGUUUGUAUAAGAUUGCAGAGACCAUUCUUGCCCUAGUUGUUUCUAAGGUUUAUUGAAAGGCUUUGAUGAUAGGCAGCAAGAUUCUGCUUGGGGGGGGGGGAAUAACUAAAAUGAGAAAAGUUGACAUCAAGGAACAAACGAUUUUGCAUGCCUUAGGGAGAAAUAUGAAAAUAUAUGCAUAAAGUCAACUUUUAAAAACAUAUAGGAGCUGCCUUAAGCAAGUUGGACCACUGGUCCAUCUAGCCUGAUGGCCUGCUUCAAAUGAUUCACUGAGCAAAGUCAGGAGCCUUCCUCCAGCUGAAGUGGCUCUUCUUCGAACAGGAUGGCUUCUUUGACCGGAGGAACUUCCCCUAGCCUAAGGCACGAUACUGCCCAGUAUUGCCUACAAUGUGCAGUAGAGAGUGUCCAGAGAUUUGGGCAGGGAAAGGUCUUUUCCUAAAUACCUGCUACCUGAGGCCUGAUUUAAAUUGAUAUUGGCAGUGGCUUAUGUGGGGUGGAAUAGCCUUUUCUGUGCAGGUCAAGAAAGCCCUCCGUUUAUUAGAAUUUUGACAGCAAUAUAAGACUGAGUUGUUUAGAUGGGACAUCCAAUAGAUAAAGGUUUUGGGGUCAUCUGCAGUUAUUUUAAUCUUUAUGUGCAUGAUUUAGUUGUUUUAAUGUAUUUUUUUAAACAUCGUGGCCUGUCCUGUGGCCUUUUUAGGAAAAAGACAAACUAAAAAGUUCUGAGAUAUUUCAGCCCUUUAAUAUAAAUUAAAAGCAUUGGAACUCAGUACAGUCCUAAACAGAAUUACACCCUGCUAAACCUGUUGACUUUAAUGGGCUUAGAAGGGUGACAAGGCACUGUCAGUCUCCCACUCAGAUCCUAAACUGGUUUAGUUGUAUAUCCAUAACUUUCAGUGAAACUUAUGUCUAAGUAGUCAUGCUUAGGAUCGCAGCAUUAAUUUCUUUACUGCCACUGUAUGAUUUUGAGAUUUCUUACCGUCUCCCCCCCAUCCCCGGUAUGAAUGAUGAAUAUAUUUCUGAUGAGGAACUGGGAUAAGGAACAAGGAAAUAAGUUUCUAGAAUUUACAGUACAGAAAGUACUUGUAAAUGUACUUUUUUUUUUAAAAGAAGGACAUUGCAUGUAAUCUUUCACUUUCAGGUUCUUUUUUUAUCAUGGCCUGGAAGGUUGCAUAACACUACCUCCUAGGCUUCAGACUCCUCCCCUCCUAUCACAUUUCAUUAUGAAUAUAAUGGAAAGCAGCCCAUUCCUGUCUAAACUGAAGAGCAGGAGCAACGAAAGCGACCUCAAGUAUGACUUAUCUUGUGAACUCUACAGGAUCUCUACCUUUUCGACUUUCCCCUUGAAUGUUCCAGUGUCUGAAAGGAGUCUUGCCCGUGCUGGUUUCUAUUACACCGGUCUGAAAGACAAAGUGAAAUGUUAUAGCUGUGGCUUGAUGUUGGAUAACUGGAAAAAAGGGGACAACGCCUUGGACAAACACAAACAACUCUAUCCAAGCUGCAGCUUUGUUCAGAGUCUGGCUUCAGCAAACAGUCUUGGUUCAUCAUUUCGUUCUGCCUUUUCACCUCCAAUUUCUUCAAUGGGCGCCAAAAUGGAUGUCGAAACAAAAAUACCAAGUUUAAAUCAAGUUGGCUAUUUUAGCAGGCAUUACUCAAGCUUCCCACAGGAUCCAGUAACAUCCAGGGCUGUGGAAGAUUUGUCCCAUUUCAGACCCAGCUCUUUCCAUCGUGCCAUGAAGUUAGAAGAAGCCAGGCUACGCACGUUCCAGGCAUGGCCCCUGACAUUUCUGGCACCAUCUGACUUGGCCAAAGCUGGAUUUUAUUAUGUGGGUCCUGCAGACAGGGUAGCAUGCUUUGCCUGUGGUGGCCAGUUGGGCAACUGGGAUCCAGAGGAUAACGCCAUGUCCGAACAUCGGAGACACUUUCCCAACUGCCCUUUUGUGAAAAAUCUGCUUGGAGACCUGCACAGUUUCUCAGUUUCUAACCUGAGGAUGCAGACCCACAGUGCCCGCGUCUGCACUUUCACCAGCUGGCCAGUUACAAUUCCGGUUCGACCACAGCAGCUUGCAGAAGCUGGCUUCUAUUACGUAGGUUGCAAUGAUGAUGUCAAAUGUUUCUGCUGUGAUGGUGGACUCAGAUGUUGGGAGUCUGGGGAUGAUCCAUGGGUGGAGCAUGCUAAAUGGUUUCCAAGGUGUGAUUACCUGCUUCAUGUGAAAGGGCAAGAGUUUGUCAGCCAGGUUCAAGAAAGAUACCCUCGCCUCCUUGAACAGCUCUUGUCUACUUCAGACAUACCUGUGUUUGAAAACACUGAUCCACCAGUCAUUCAUUUUGAACCUGGAGAGGACCCUUCCGAAGAUGCAGUCAUGAUGAAAAACCCUGUGGUGGAAGCUGCCUUGGAGAUGGGAUUCAGCAGAAGACUUAUCAAGCAGACCAUUCAGAGUAAAAUCUUAAUGACAGGAGAGAAUUACAAGACAGUAUACGACCUUGUGUCCGAUCUUGUUGCAGCAGCAGAUGAAAGCAAGGAAGAGGAAAAGGAAAUACAACUGGAGGAAGUGACAUCAGAUGAUCUGUCCUUAAUUCGAAAGUACCGGAUGGCAUUGUUUCAGCGUUUAACGUGUGUGCUUCCUAUUCUGGAAAAGUUACUGGCUUCUAAAGUCAUAACCGAACUCGAAAAAGAUGUUAUUAAACAGAAAACACAGACAUCCCUGCAAGUGAGAGAAUUGAUUGAUACCAUCUUGGUGAAAGGAAACGCAGCUGCAAGCAUAUUCAGAAGCAGUCUACAGGAAUGUGAUCCUGUGUUAUAUAAAGAUUUGUUUGUGGAGAAGAAUGUGACAUACAUUCCAACCGAAGAUGCUUCAGGCCUGCCCAUGGAAGAACAGUUGAGACGAUUACAGGAAGAGAGAACAUGCAAAGUCUGCAUGGACAAGGAAGUGUCCAUUGUCUUCAUCCCUUGUGGUCAUUUAGUGGUGUGUAAAGAGUGUGCACCAUCCCUUAGGAAAUGCCCUAUAUGCAGGGGUACAAUCAAGGGUACAGUUCGGACAUUUCUUUCAUGAAGGGCUAAAAGAUGCAAUCUGUUCAGAUUUUUUGUUGUACUUUUGCUGGACAUGCGAUGUUAGCCUAAGACGCUGUGCUGGUUGCAAUACUCAGUCCAAGAAGUGCAGAAGAGGGUCAGAAUCACUGUGUCACAUUGCAAGAAAUCAGAGGGCAGACCUUUGGGAUCAGACGCUUCGUCCUUGGCACUCCAAGGGACUGCCUGAAUUGCUCAUGCAGGUGUGCCAACCUGUUGCCUCUAGACCAAUUUGGAGGCAAAUUUAAUUUAUGAUGGCAACAGUAGGCCUAGUUUGUUUAAAAGUGACUGGUAGUUAUUAUGAAUCUCUUAGAGAUUUAUCAAGCAGCUGACCUCCAGUGGGCACUCUUGUCCAAAAUACCUGUACAAAGGAAACCUUGUCAUAAAGUUUAAUGCAACCGAAGCAUCUAAGCAACUGUUCUGAGUUUCUGUUCAUAUUUGGAUUCUUUUUAUUAAACUGCUCUUGAGUAACUAAUUUUGCAAAUAUUUGUUUAUGUGAGAUACUAUUUUUUUUUUAAAAAGGGCUAACAUUUUCAGUAUAUAUGUAUAAUAAACUUAUUUAUCGUUACAGCAAA